CCGCGGCCCGAGACGCCAUGGCCAAGUGGGGGCACGGGGAUCCGCGCUGGAUCGUGGAGGAGAGGGCCGACGGGACCAACGACAGAGCGGGACGCAACCAACUGGUCAAAGGGGAAGCUGCGGGAGCUCCUGGUGGGGGUCAUGGUGGAGAAUGAGGUUGGCAGCUGUGAGAUCAGUGACCUGAAGCAGGUGGAAGGGGAGGCCUCCUGCAGCAGCCGCAAGGGGAAGCUGAUUUUCUUCUAUGAGUGGAACAUCAAACUGAGCUGGAAAGGUACAGUCAAGGAAUCUGGUGCAAAGCAUAGAGGAUCGGUUGAAAUACCCCACCUCUCUGAAGAAAAUGAAGUAGAUGAUACAGAGGUAAACGUGAGUAAAAAGAAAGGAGAAGGAGAUUCACUGAAGGAUCUCAUGAAAACUGCAGGGGUGGCCAAGGUCAGAGAAGCCCUUGAGGAUUACCUGACAGCUCUGAAAACAGAAUUCACAACAGGAAUGAUUUUGCCAACAAAAACUGCACCUCCUCAGGAACUGACUGCAAAAAGAAAAUUGAGCGAACAUAAUUUUCAGGACUCUGUGACUCCAAUGGUUCUGGAUGUAGUAGGUGUGAGGAUUCCAACAGUGACAAUACAUAUGAGGGAAAUAUUUGACACAGCAGUAGAAGAACUGUAUAGCAUCUUCACCACUAAGGAUUUGGUGCAAAAGUUUUCUAAAUCUUCUGCUGUGAUAGAAGCUGAAAAAGGAGGCAAAUUCCAAAUGUUUGAUGGGACUGUUACUGGUGAAUAUCUAGAAUUGUUAUCCAAUAAAAGGAUUGUUAUGAAGUGGCGAUGUAAGAGCUGGCCAGAAGAACAUUAUGCAACUGUUGCACUGAGUUUUGUGCCUGUGGCAGAACAAACAGAAUUACAGCUAAACUGCAAAGGAGUUCCUGUUUGUAAAGAAGAAAGUACAAGACAGUGCUGGGAAAAACAGCAUUUUGAAGAAAUAAAGAGAUUUGCUGUAGCUUUUGGCAACUCUGAACAGCUGAAUUAACUAGAAGACAUUUUAUAAGGCAUUAUUUUUUUUAUAAGUGGAAAAAAGUUCAUUCUUCACUAAACCACUUUUUCUCCCUUCUUUAAAAAAAAAAUACAAACCCCUUAAUUUAUUUGUGCUGGCAAAAAUUCCACAUAUAUAUGAUUUUAAGUAUUAUUUAUAGUUCUUUAUUGUAAACAAGAUUAUAGAUUUAGAGCUAAGAGCUCUUAGCAAUAUAAAACAGUAAUUUUGUACAGCUAAUGUACCUUAGCUAUUAAAACUCUGGGACCGGA